AUGAGUUUGUAUUACCUCUACGAAGGAUGUAGCCAAACCUUUACAAAACAACAGGGUUUAACACAACAUAUUCAGUAUCACCACCCUUUUGUAGAAAAUGAACAAAAAGAGAUACAAAAUACCGUUAGUGAUGAUGAUGCAGUUAUUUUUCAAGAUGAAAAGGUAUUUGAAAAGUCAGAUCCAUUUAAAAGAAAAUUAUCUCGAGUUGAAUCGACUAACUUUAAUAAUACUGAGGAAUUAGAUAAUUUUUCAAUAGAUGAAACAUCAUUAGAAAUACAAAACUCUCCUUAUUCUCCUUUGUUACAAGUACUUGAUCAUGAUGAGAAAAUUAUGAGUGAUACUGAAGUCAUCAUAUAUAGUUUGGAUACUGAUACUGAUUUGGUAGAUUCUGAAGAUUUUUGUGAAGCUAGCUUUGAAGAUGCAGUAAAUGAUAUGAUCGAUGAGCAUAUUCUACAGUGGCCUAACGAGAUUUACCAAAAAUUCGCAAAGAUAUGUAUAGAUUAUGAACUAUUCAAUUAA